AUAAUCUUCCGAAGCAAAGAUCCAAAUUGGAUCUUUCAAAGUUGUCAUGACAACUUCCUUGUUGAACACAUCAUCAAGUGAUCGAUUGAAUCAUUCAUCAUCCCCGAAGCCUCGUUGCAAGCGAGCAAAACCAAUUGAAGACACAGGGCAGUAACUGAAAGUGCAUCUUGCUAUCAAGGAGGGCUGAAGCUUUGGGAAGCUUUCAUUAGUAUCAGUUGAUUCUUAGCCGUUGUUUUCUAUCAAUCACCUGGUUGGAUCAAGAUACUGUACGGUACGGUAUAGACGAUGAAGAGCUAUCAGCACGACAUUCGACUCAUUCCACCUCCACGGGACGAUGCUGCGGUUCCCAAUAAGAGAUCAUUGGGUCAGCGAGGAUUGGUUCUUGCUUUGCUUUGUGCCGCAGCAGGUAUGAUGAUGUUCUUGUUCUCGUCAAGUCAACAGAGCCCCAUGGUACUGGAAAAGAACGUUGGAUUCUUGUGGGGUAGCAGCAAAAAGCAUGCUCACAGCCACGGUAAGAAGAAGAAGAAGCAUUCUCACGACAAGAAGAAUGAUGCCGAGGAAUACGAUUGGCACAAAUACGUGGACAAGUACAAGAAUCAGAACAACGACUCCAAUCAGGAUGAUGACGAUAGUGGCAAUGAUGACGAUGAUAGUGGCAAUGAUGAUGAUGACCAGACCUCCAAGAAAGCAAAGGACUUUGACUGGCACAAAUACGUGGACAAGUACAAGCCUCCUCCGAAAAAGGACAAGCACAAAGAUGAACCACCGGAACCAGAGCACGACAAAGAGCCAAUUUCAACGGAAGAACCGGGUGAUUCUGCAUCGGAAGAUGGGAGUCACAGCCACCAUCAACACAAAGCCAAUCACAAGCAUGUCCAUAAGAACAUUGAUAUUCUGGUGGAUGAUAAAAGUGACGACAAAAAACACAAGAAGAAGAAGCACAAGCAUGACGACACUCCUGGAGGCAAACAUGUCCACAAGGAUAUUGAUAUCUUAGUGGAUAAGAGCCACGAACAAGAUGACAGAGACGGAGAUAAAGGGCCCUCUCCUUCAGCAAGUGAUGAAGAAGAAGUAACAGUCCACCAUCAUCAGCAUUCUCACAAGAAGCCACCAAAACCAGAGCACAAGCAGGGACCAGAACAUGUCGAAACAGACGAUGACGAUGAAUACGUCUCGAAAGAUGGAGAUGGUGUGCAUCAUCACCAGCACAGUGGCCAUCAUAAGCACGUUCAUAAGAACAUUGAUGUUCUGGUGGAUCCAGGAGAUGAUGAUCCAGAUGACAAGGGUCACAAGAAGAAGAAGCACAAGUCGUCUCCAAAAGAAGAUGACGGUGAAGGUGGUGACGAUGAUGAUGAAGCCACGGGUGAAGAAGUUGAAGACUACGACGAUGAUUUUGUGGAGGAUGAUGGGAGCCGAGUGCAUCACCACCAGCAUGUCAUCCACCAUAAACAUGUCCACAAGAAUAUCGACAUUUUGGUGGACACAGCCACAGACCGGCAAGAUGAAUAUUCACACUUUGGACCGAGUGGCGGCAAGGACGAGGACAAAAAGCACAAGGCGCAUCCCGGUCUACGCUUGGAAGGAUAUCCCUCCCUUGAGGUCCAGGAGCAAUAUUUGAACGAUUUGCAAAAGAUUGACUGGGAUGCCGUCGAGAAAGAUUUGGUGGAUCUCAUGACAGACAGUCAAGACUGGUGGCCGGCUGACUAUGGAAACUAUGGUGGCUUGUUUGUUCGCCUGUCAUGGCAUAGCUGUGGCUCGUACCGUACUUCCGACGGUAGGGGUGGAUGCGAUGGUGGUGGGCAGCGGUUUGAUCCAGAACGUUCCUGGCCUGACAAUACCAAUCUGGACAAGGCAAGGCGACUGUUGCAACCCAUCAAAACGAAGUAUGGCAAUGGACUCAGUUGGGGUGACCUGUUUGCUCUCAGCGGUACUGUUGCGAUCAAGUCUAUGGGUGGCCCCGUGCUUGGAUUCUGUGCUGGUCGGUUGGACUUUCAGGAACCUGUCCAGACUCAAGCAUUGGGGCCGACACCCGAGCAAGAGAAGUUUGCCACUUGUGAAGUAAAUGGCCAAUGUCCCUUUCCUCUCGGGCAGAACACGUUGGGGUUGAUCUAUGUAAACCCAGAAGGACCCAUGGGUGAGCCAGACUUGACCGGAGCGGCAGCCACGGUACGAGAUGUCUUUGGCAGGAUGGAUUGGCACGGACGAGAGUUGGUGGCGCUCAUUGGAGGAGGACACACGUUCGGGAAAGCACACGGGGCCACCACGGCGUCGCCGGGAGACCCACCAAACAAGUGUCCGUUUGCCCCUUGGAACGGUGCGACUGGCAUGGAAGCCGUCACUAGUGGGUUCGAAGGACCCUGGACGGAAGAACCCACCAAAUGGGACAACAAGUACUUUCAAUACUUGGUCGAAUUCGAAUGGGAGCCCAUCGUUGGACCUGGCGGACAUCAUCAGUGGCGAGUCAAGGGUGGCAAUGGACCCAAGGCUCCUGUGGCAGAUCCCAAGUUGGCAGAUCAGACUCAGGAUGUGAUGAUGUUGACCACCGAUGUAGCAUUGAAGGCCGACCCAGAAUACUUCGAGUAUGUGAAGGAGUUUUCUCAAAACAUUACGGCUUUCUCCGAAGCCUUUGCCAAGGCAUGGUAUCAAUUGGUGACGCGUGAUGUAGGCCCAGUCGAGCGGUGCGUAGGCCCCAAAGUGCCGCCUGCUCAGCCCUUUCAACAUGCCUUGCCAAAGCCUGCCGACAAACUGGCUGAUAUGGACAAAGUUGCGCACGACGUCAAGAAGCUAAUAAAGAAGCAUGAAAAGGUUGAAAAUCAACUGAUUCGGCUAGCCUUCCAAUGUGCGUCGACCUACCGUGCAACCGAUUACUUGGGAGGCUGCAACGGUGCUCGCAUUCGCUUCCCUCCAGGAAGCGAGUGGCCCAUCAACGAAGGACUGGAUAAGACACUUGAGCUUUUGGAACCCAUCAAGAAGAAACAUGGGAAAGGUUUGUCAUAUGCAGACUUGAUCGUCUUGGCUGGAACAACGGCUGCCGAGCAUAUUGGGGCACCAAAGAUGCGUUUUUGCCCGGGACGCACUGACGCCGACGACGGCAGCGGUUGGAACCAUGUCGAAUUCGGAUUGACGGAGAUUCCGUCAACAGUCGAGGCCACGAUGGAACUCUGCAAGCGUCGCGGGCAAACGUAUCAAGAAUGCGUGGCGCUUUCAUUCCCCGUCUUCCGUUCGUCUGAGAGUCUUGGUGGUCUCUUGGAGACCAGGACAACGUCGUUUGCUAUGGCUGAGGGGCUAAUCUUUUACCCAGAAUUGCGCGUUUGGGCGGAUUACUACGUUGCUGCGGGCACCCUUGAAUACGCCCGUGAUUUUGCGGAAGCCUGGACUCGACUCAUGAAUGCAGAUAGGUUUCAAGGCCCGCUGGGAAACGUUUGUGCUUGAGCGAUUGGCAAGGCUAUUAGAGCUAGUGAUACAUGGUUACCCAACUAGUGUACAUUUACAAAUU